AGUUCACACACACACACACAAAGGCGACAUCAACAUUGAAUGUACACUCGGGUAUUGUGCAGAAGCUCCGCCUGCAGCAUGACUGUCGGUGGUUUUAAGACGAUGUGACAUGUGUAGCUGGUGAAACCCAGUAUUGCGGCACAUCACAGACGGGGAAACAUAGACGGCAACAAGGAAACAAACAGAACUGCAAACGGGUAACAAUAUGGAGGACUAGCAGCCUUCUUGAGGUCGGCAGAAUUGCAACCAUGAGCCUUAUGCUGUAGCUGUUUCUUUCUCUGUGUGUCUGCCGGUCGGGAAGAAUGCAGCUCUGGGGAAGAGGAGCGCUGCAUUAAACAUGAUGAAGACCGAUACAUCCUCAGCAUCAGCAGCAGCGAGCUUGAGGAGCCCAUCUCCGCACCGCAAUGCCUAUGAGGCAGAGAUUCAGGCUCUGCAGCAAAACAGCAGCGACAGCAAACCCACUGCCAAUGGAGAGCAGAAAGCAGCCGAGGAUGCCGAGGGGAGGAAGCAGAGCCGGGGCAAGAAGUAUGGAUCCAAUGUCCACAGGAUCAAAAACAUGUUCCUGCAGAAGAUGGGCACCACCCCAAAUGAAGCGACUGGCAUCCCAGCCAAAGGCAAGGAGAGAUCUGUGCGCCUGUCCCUGCCCAGAGCCAGCAGCCUGAAUGAGAAUGUAGACCACAGUGCCCUCUUGAAGCUUGGCACUAGUGUCUCUGAGAGAGUGAGCCGCUUUGACACCAAGAACGAGCGACCCUUCUCCAAGCUGCAGGAGACCAGGAAGCUCUUUGAGAAGAACAUCCAGGAGAAGAAUGUCUCCAACCGGAUCUUGCUGAAAAAGGAAAGGGCCGGGCUCAAGGACAGCAAGUUGGAUGUGGUGGUCCGCUUCAAUGGCAGCACCGAGUCACUGGACAGCCUUGAGACGGAGGCCAUUUCGCCCACGGUCAGUCAGCUCAGUGCUGUCUUCGAAAGUGGUGCCAACCAACGCAAAGCCCUGGAGCGAGGGCCACGGCCAAGCACCUGCCCUCUCAGUUCCAAACCACUGUCCAGAAAAUCCAAAUUAGUUCUUAAGAACCAGCAAGAGGCGCUUAAGACAGAAGGUGGGGGCAACAGUGAUGGCGACUUCUCUCUUGAUCUACCUGGGACCUCUGGCCAAAUUAGAAAAGAAGCUGAGGAGCAGCAGUCUGACAAGUCUCUGGGUGGUUCCUCAUCCAGAAAUAAUUUAGCCAGCAAGUUGGCAUCUCUUGUGAAGCAUGGGGACAGCUUGAAAGAAACCAGGCCAACCGCAACUGCACAGAGGUCACAGAAAGUCGAGGAGGUCAGAAAAAUUAGGCCAGUGGAAGUGGAAGAUGCUGUAGUGUCAGAUCAGGAAUCUGGACCUACGGAUGAUGGAAGGGAGGAUCUAGAGUCCAUUGUUAAGGACUCUGAAAAUGGCACUGGACUCCAACAGGGAGAUGCCAUUUUGGAAACUUGUGAGGUUAAACUGGUUGAGACCGGAGAACUGCUCCAUGAUGCUGGUUCAGAAAAUGGAGAUCUUCCCAAAGACUCUUUGGAUCAUUUCCUGUCCCCUCCUUUGGAAUCCGCAGAAGGGACUGUGCAACAGGUCGAGGAGUCCUUGUCAUCUAAAGCAGAUUCCUUUGAAGAGGGUGAGCAGGUUAAAAAUGACCUAGAUCUUUUCGAUCAUUGCAAAAAAAAUGAAGGUGUUUCUGAGGCAGAUAUGGUGGAUAUUAGCGCCUUUAGUGGGGUUGGUGAUGAAUCUGAAGGAAGUUGUCUGGAUGAUGAUGAGGAUGAUGCCUUUGAACCAGAAAGUGGCUACUCAGAGAUCACUGGAUUAUCUGAUGAAGAGGAACCCAUGCCACACAGAAAGAUUCGCUUCAGCACUGCAUCAAUUAAAGUAUUCACUACUUAUUCCAAUGAGGACUAUGACAGACGAAACGAUGAUGUGGAUCCCAUGGCAGCAUCAGCAGAGUAUGAACUAGAAAAACGUGUGGAAAGGCUGGAUCUCUUUCCUGUGGAACUUGAAAAGGAUGGUGAUGGCCUGGGUAUCAGUAUCAUUGGUAUGGGAGCUGGAGCUGAUAUGGGCUUGGAAAAGCUUGGAAUAUUUGUGAAGACAGUAACUGAAGGGGGAGCCGCUCACAGGGAUGGCAGAAUCCAAGUGAAUGAUCUAAUUGUGGAGGUUGAUGGCAUCAGUCUAGUUGGUGUGACCCAGAGCUUUGCAGCUUCAGUCCUUCGAAACACAAAAGGCACUGUCAGGUUUUUGAUUGGACGGGAGAAACCUGGAGAAACCAGUGAAGUGGCUCAGCUGAUUCGGCAAACCUUGGAACAGGAGAGGUGGCAGAGGGAAAUGAUGGAACAACAUUACGGGCAAUACGUCGAUGAUGACGAGGAGACUGGAGAAUAUGCGACAGAUGAAGAGGAGGAAGAGAUGAGCCCUAUGUUCGUUAACAAUGACAUGGCAAUUGAAGUUUUUGAUCUAGCAGAGAAUGAAGAUAUGCUUUCACCGGUGGAGAUGGAUCCUGAAAAGCUGGUGCAUAAGUUCAAGGAGCUUCAAAUAAAGCACGCUGUAACAGAAGCGGAGAUUCAGCAGCUGAAAAGAAAGCUUCAUUCAACAGAACAGGAAAAAAUGCGUUGGCGAAUGGAGAAGGCCCAGCUGGAACAGAGUGUUGAGGAAAACAAGGAACGUAUGGAGAAGCUCGAGAGUUACUGGAUGGAGGCCCAAACACUUUGUCAAGCUGUGGACGAACAUCUGAAAGAGACCCAGGCUCAAUACCAGGCCCUAGAGAGAAAGUACAGCAAAGCAAAACGCUUGAUCAAGGAGUACCAACAGAAGGAAAUAGAAUUUCUGAAAAAGGAAACAGCUCAAAGGAGAACUUUAGAAGAAACUGAAAACUCACAUAAAGAAGAGAUUGAGAAACUUCAGAGCAAGGUUACUGAACUGGAGACAAGUCUAGAGUCAAUGAAAAAUUCCAAUGCAAUUUAGACAUGAAGAUCUCUUUCCAUCACCUGUACUUGAAAUAAAACCUUCACGUCGGAGCAACAGGCCUUGGAAAAUUGACAUUUUCCUGUUUGUUUUCCUCUGGAAGGUUUGUACAAGUUGCACUCAGUGCAAAGGAUUGUGUUUAAGGGAAGUUUUGCAUUGUUGUCUUACAUAAAACAAUUUGCCAAGUCACUUUCAAACAGAUGGCCAAAUCAGAGCUGCUCAGUGAAGUAGUAAUGGGCAGCAAUGAACUGGUCUGCACUAGGAUUGGACUUGCUCCUCCAGCCACAGAACUAGGACUGUCCCAUUCAGUUUAUUUAGUUUAUAUAAAAAUAAUAAAAAGAUUCUAACAAAUGAAUAUUCAUUGAGGGCAUCAUUAAUACAAAGGUAAAUUGCAGAGUUGCUGUUAGUUCUAAGUCUUUGGUGAACUAUUACUUUAAGAAUAAAAGAAAGGUGUAACUUGUCAUUAUGUCAUGAGUGAGAAUGCACAAGUUUUUUACUGUCUGAACUCAAAGGCAGGUUCAACCAAUGGUGUAUUUUUUUUCUUGUUAUAUGUAAUUUACUUUUGCGAAUUAAUGUAAGCCAUACUUACUUUAUCUAUUUGUGUUUUUUUUUGUUCUGUAUUGGAAAGCAUUAUAUUACUAAUAAUAUUGUCACCUCAGUGGAUGGUUCAUUUUACAUCUGCACAGUGUGACAGUACCAGUACCUGUCUUAACAAAAAUUGUUAUUAGACAUAAUUUUAAAACGAUAAACCAAAUUUCAUUACUUUGUUACUGAACAAGUGAGUAUGAAGUGGAAUUAAAAACUUGUAUAUUAAACUGGGAAUGUAACGUUGAAUAGUGGUCACUGUAAUGGACUAAUGAAGUAGAUGGUUGCUCAGUUAAAGAUUUUGAAAAUAUUUCAUUCCUGGUAUUUGGCUGUUUUUUACUGUAUCUGCUUCCUUAUUCCAUGCUUCUCUUGGAUCUAUCAAGCUUUAUCAUUCAUUCCUAUUGUUAUUCAUUGUGCCAUAUUUGGUAGAUCUUUUCAAUAAUGACAUUACAUAUGUACAGAAAUGAAGAUGAGUGUUUGUGUAGGUGUAUAGCUGAAAUCCAUGUAAUUUGUAGUGUAAAAUGUAAGAACAAAAAAGAACAGCGCAGCACUGUAAAAAAGAAAUAGUAUGUUACAUGGCAAGAUUGGUUCUAGAGCUGUGUAUUACAGAAGCAAAGGAGUCUGAUAUUGUGAUUGAAUGAUUUCUCCACAGGCUGGAGGAUGGUAGUGCAAGGAAUAUAUAUACAUAUAUCAAUCCAUUCUAGCAUAUAUUUUUUAGAACCCUUUAACUUGCUCUACCCACCGAUCAUCACAGAUUUAUUCCUUAGCGAAAGCCAAUUUCUGACUUUUCCUGUAACUUCUCAAUGGCUAUGACCACUCGCUUACUAGUUCCAAAUGGGAUGAGAUAGAAACAGAUGGCUUGAGUCAGGUGAAGAGAGAAUGCAUGUUUCUUCAGAGAACUUACUCAGACUUGAAUGUGCAAAAGAGUCUGCAGUUCUAUUUCCUGUUUGUUACCAUGCCAACAAGAAUAAAAGUACAUGUACACACUAUAAUCAAUUUCAUACUGGAAUAUGUACAAAUGGUAUGGUGUGGAGAAAGAUGCUGCUGUUUGCAUGGAACGUUGUUCCAUUUCUACAGUUGCUAUACUUAUCCAUAAAUAUUUAACCAAUGAGUACCAUUCUAUCUAUUACCAGCAUACUCUGUCCCAGUCUCACUACAAGCUACUGAGAGAGGCUGGAUAUUCAGCUUGGCCAAGUUUCCAAGUAUGUAAGCUGUCCAUUCUGGAUCUGAUAUCAUGUUGGCAUCAUGACCAGAUGAGUUACCCAAAAAGUACUGUACAUUGUUGAGUUUCGGAUUAAUUAUUGACAAUAAAACUAGUAAGUUCCUCUCGAGAACCCCCAGUGAUCAACCUCUUUAUACUCAUUUGUGUGCUCCACAUGUUCGCUUCAUAGCAUGACGCAACUUCAUUGAAUGUAGCAACACUAUAAAGAAGUGUGUGGGCAACAAAAAAUGUUUUACAGGAUGGGUAACAAUUGUAGGAACAUCUAGGCUACACCUUAGACUGUGCAGAAAUUGAUCCAAUCAAUUAAGUUUUGAGAAAUUAGUAUGCAACUGGAUAAAGUUUACAUGUGACUUGCUUAAAGUAAGGGUUGAAAUUUGAUAAUAAGCUUCUGUUCCAUUUAUGAUAGGGCAUAAAAGCAAAAAUUCUGUCAUCUUGUAGACAUACCAGGUGAAACCCAAUGCAGGGGGCCUAUGAGAAGCGUGUCCCGAGUCAGCCCACAAGGGUAGUGCGCAAGUUUCAUUGGACUUCAGAAUGGGGUAUUUGAAGAUAUCAUUAGUAAAAUCACCAUUUUGAAUAAAAUUCUCUGAAGUUUUGUCUAGCUACCUAUCAGACCCAGCCUGUGUCACCUCUUGUACCCAGCAGUUUUUCACCUCUAUGUUGCAAACCCUCUUCAUUACUAAAAUUGUUGUUCAUGCAACACGGCUCUUCACUGACUGCUGGUGCCAGCUGUUCUUGCCUUAAUAUUCCUAACACCUCGCAAAUGAGAUGAUCAGGGUCCUAGAAAGUUUAUACCAGUCCUGGAUAUUUGCUAUCUCUCUAAGCCAAUUGAAACAUUAGAUAUAAAUGGCAGUAUUGCUUGAAGUAGACUUCUGGAGUCCAUCAAAAAUGCAAGUUCAAAUCGUAAUUUCUACUGUCAUGAGAUUGCCACUACUUGAAUUAUAUUACACUCAAUGAUUGUGGUCCCCUGGAGGUUAGAUUAGCCUCUGGAGUAAGAACCUUGCAGUCUAUUUGUACUGCUCAGUGAAGGAAAGCUAGAAACAUGAGGUCUAUCUCCUCUCUCCUUGAUCUUUCUAGAGAAAGGAAGGAACGUGCUUGUGUGUGGCAGACUGGAGGUUUGGUUAGGGGGAGAAAAACAAUUUUGGAAACAGAACAUUCAUGAAGUUUUAUUACUUAUUAAUUAAAACUUUUCCACCUAUACUAAGUGGCCAGUAAUAUGUUACAAAGGACUGGGUGGUUCAUUGUGACAUUGUCCUUUGAACUUUUUCCAAACUGAUAGAGUGACAAUGUCCUUUUCCUGUCUCUAGUGAUUUGAAGUGGAUGUCAUUGGUCAGUCUGAGCCAAUUUCUCAGCAAUAAUUAACAUUAGAUUUCAAAUCACACAGCGUGAUAGAGAUAUAUGAAAUGAGAGUACAGUUAAGGGACAUCAUUAUAAUGGUCUAGAGGAAACAUGACUUUGCAUCUUAGUCAUGUCAUCACAAUGGUUUGUGUUAAUACAAGGUGCAAAAAGUAGUAAAAUAUUCCACUAGCACUGACAUCCGUCACCUUGAAGAGCACAAAAAAUGCCUCUACAUUAUACUGGAUAUUGCAAUGUACACUCACAGACAAAUAUGGAAAGUACUGGAGCUUAAGCAGCAAGCUACACAUCUAGCCUGGUUCAAAUUCUUGUUUAGAACUGCCGUUUCUCCACCAUUUUGGAAGGAGAGGUGGAAAACACUGAGCCAUAUUGGGUUUUUGUUAACUACAUACACAGGUGCUGUUGCUGCAGACUGUUAUAGUUUUGAGAUUUCAGCAGCCAAUCAUUUGCAUUAAGCCCUGUGCCCACUGUUUGAGAUUAUAUUGGGAUUGAUUGAUUUCACUUGUGUUUAUGUGAUAAUUGUAUUUGGUGAAAUGUAUACAAACUUCAACAAAGUUAAAUUGUUUAUUUUAUGGCUUUCAACCAUGUUAGCUGAAUGUUAAUUAAAUUUCCUGUUGAAAAGGUA